AUUUCUAACUUAAUUAUUUUUCAAAUACUUGAGAGUGCUAUGAAAAAUAAUUAAAGAAAAUUAAUUUCUCGUUAUACAAUUUUCAUUGCUUUUUAAAGUCUAGAACAAAUAAGUCCGCAUUUCUGUAACUACAUAAUUAAACAUAAUUUAAAAAAAUGCGUGAAAUUGUUCAUAUUCAAGCGGGUCAGUGCGGCAAUCAGAUUGGAGGAAAAUUCUGGGAGGUUAUAUCCGAUGAACAUUGCAUUGAUGCUUCUGGAACAUACUACGGUGAUAGUGAUCUCCAGCUGGAGCGUAUCAAUGUCUAUUACAAUGAAGCCACCGGUGCAAAAUAUGUUCCUAGAGCUAUACUCGUUGAUUUGGAACCAGGAACUAUGGAUUCUGUUCGUUCGGGUCCAUUUGGUCAGAUUUUCCGACCUGAUAAUUUUGUAUUUGGCCAAUCUGGAGCUGGAAAUAAUUGGGCCAAAGGACACUACACCGAAGGAGCUGAAUUAGUUGAUUCAGUUUUGGAUGUUGUGCGAAAAGAAGCUGAGGGAUGUGAUUGCCUCCAAGGAUUCCAAAUGACACAUUCGCUAGGUGGAGGAACUGGUUCUGGUAUGGGAACUCUACUGAUAUCGAAAAUUCGAGAAGAAUAUCCCGAUAGGAUAAUGAAUACGUUUUCCGUUGUGCCAUCUCCAAAGGUAUCUGACACUGUUGUCGAGCCAUACAAUGCAACUUUGAGUGUCCAUCAACUGGUCGAAAACACAGAUGAGACUUAUUGCAUUGACAAUGAAGCUCUGUACGACAUUUGUUUCCGGACCUUGAAACUAACAACUCCAACAUAUGGCGAUUUGAACCAUUUAGUUUCGGCCACAAUGUCUGGUGUUACAACGUGCCUCCGAUUUCCCGGCCAAUUAAAUGCAGAUCUAAGGAAAUUAGCUGUCAAUAUGGUUCCAUUCCCCAGGUUACAUUUCUUCAUGCCUGGAUUUGCUCCAUUGACUUCCAGAGGAUCGCAACAAUAUCGAGCUCUCACGGUUCCCGAGCUCACUCAGCAGAUGUUCGAUGCUAAGAACAUGAUGGCUGCCUGUGACCCUAGACACGGUCGAUAUCUUACUGUGGCUGCCAUUUUUCGAGGUCGAAUGUCCAUGAAGGAGGUUGACGAACAAAUGCUCAAUAUCCAAAACAAGAACAGCAGCUACUUUGUUGAAUGGAUACCCAACAAUUGCAAAACAGCCGUUUGUGAUAUCCCGCCAAGAGGUCUUAAAAUGGCAGCCACAUUCAUUGGAAACUCAACAGCCAUUCAAGAACUCUUUAAACGAAUAUCAGAACAAUUUACCGCUAUGUUUAGACGAAAAGCUUUCUUGCAUUGGUACACGGGAGAGGGCAUGGACGAGAUGGAAUUCACUGAAGCUGAAAGCAACAUGAAUGAUUUGGUAUCUGAAUACCAGCAAUAUCAAGAAGCAACUGCAGAUGAAGAAGGUGAAUUUGAUGAAGAGGAAGAAGGUGGUGGUGAAGAGUAGAAUAAAUGUCUUCAAGAUAACAUCGUGUAUUAAUCAAUGUUAAAUUUAUAGUUUGAUUUUUUUUUUUAAUAAAAUCAUGUUUUGUUUAUAAUUCAUAAUAAAAUUUUCUAUCGCAAUAA